AUGAAGUUCCCUUUAUACAUGCACAUAUAUAUAAUAUGUGUUUAUGUAUAUAUAUGGAUCUACAGACCAUUCGAAGGGUGGGCAUCGAAAUCGAAAUUCGAGAUUGAUCCACACACAACUCUUCUCACAACGGACUACACAAGCACCGAAGCUUCUAUGCACGCAACCGUCCCGCCCAACAUCGAUUCCUCGGCGUAUGAUUUUCAGGGCCUCUCUGAGGGAAACUAUCUGCCCAACGCAACAGCAUACCAGCAUUUUCGCAACUCCAGCGAGCCGCUUGAGCGCCAGCACAGCAAGCCGGUAUACUCCAGACAGCGUGCGCAAUGGACCGACAAGGAGGACAUGUGCCUGUUGCAGGCGGUCCUGGCCCAGUCGCACAUCUUGGCUCGCGAUAUCAAGUGCAAGAUCCGCAAGCUGUUCUGGCAUCACGUAUGCCAGGGUCUGACCGCGAGCUUCGCCAUGUCCAUGAACAGACGCCAGUGCCGAGACCGGUUCAAGCUUCUGUAUCAGAGAUCUGCAUCUCGAACUCGUUUUGAGUCGUAUCUGCCACCUACCACGGAGGUCGAAAAACUGUGUGACGAGUGCACUCGCACGUUCAGGUUCAACGAGCACAGAGAGCUCAUUUUAGCCACUGACUACCAGGAAACUACCCAUACGCCCAGGUCCCAGCCUUCCGCUCCAGUUUCUGGCCCAGCCACUGAGUUGUCAACGGUGUCAUCGAAUUCCACUCUACAAAGCCCGUACUCCACAUCCGAUUAUCAAGAUAAAGAGUUUUCGAGCAGCGCUGUACCAACUAGCCGUUCAGUACCCGCGCCCGUUCCAUACUGGAACGGCAUGUCCCCUCAAGACGGCUCCUCUCACACAUCUCCUCUCCAGAAUACUUCUAAUAAAUUUGAGCUUCAGGUUCCUGUGCCAGCUGCACCAUCCUCGUGGGAUACGCAAAAUAUGUUGUCGAACAUUGUCGCCAUGCAACGGCAAGUCAAUCAACUGUCUCAGCAGGUCGAAGCGCUCACAAAUAUAGUCUCUCUUAAUGGCGCCCAGUCGCGACUAUACCAACCAAUAUAUACUGACAAUUGA